UAUAGCACAGUCGUAAAACUGAAUCUUUCAACAGCAAUACUUUAACCUCAACAAAUUUUCUAUCAACCCCUUUCACUCUGUGGUAUUUGUUUUUUUUUCUGAAAUUCAAAAAAUUUUGUGAAUCACAAUGCCAGUACCAGUGCAUAACACAUCAAUGGCCCUUCUCAAUCAGUCAGACGCUGGGGCAAGUCAUGCUGAAGGGAGUUCAAGACAACCAAGACAACCCACGAGUCUCCAGGGCCUCUUGAGGUUUUCUAUGGAGGCCACUAGGGCCGAAGAUGCCCCUCGGGAUGCGACAUUUGAACCGAUGGAUGAAGAGAGAAGGAAGUUUUUGGAGAAUGCAUUGAAAUCAAUGACUGUAGAUGUGGUGGAAAUUCUGAGAAAACAAAUUGACAUACUCAAGAAAGUUGAACAGUUAGGAUCUGUGGAUGAUUCCUCAGAGUACAUGCAGGCUAUAGAAACCAUUUUGGACUAUGUAGAUAAUAUUGACAUUGCUAAUGAUUUCCAUAAAAUCGGUGGGUUUAUGAUCCUUCACCCUUGUUUCAAAUGUUUGAAUGCCCAAGUAAGAGCAGGGGGUUGUGAAAUACUGGCAGUUUUGUGUCAAAAUAAUCCAUAUUGCCAACAGGUAGUAUUAGAUAACAAGAUAAUUCCUUGCCUCAUAAACAUGAUAGAAAAUGAUGAAAAUAGUAAUGUGGUAGUGAAGGCACUUUAUGGAUUAAGCAGUAUUGUGAGAGAUAAUUCAGAAUGUUUCAAUGAAUUAGUUGAACAUAAUGGCUUGAUAGUGCUACUAAAUGCAUUGAAGAAAAACAAUGAAAAGUUCAUCAUAAAGGCAUGUUUUUUGUUGGCCUCUGUUUGUAGAUCUACAACAGAAGUCAAAAAUAAGCUGAUUACUCUGGGCUAUGUUUCAGCACUCAUAGAUCUUUUUUCAAUGGAAAGAUCACCUAGUCAUGAACAUGUGUUAGCACUUCUAGUUUGCCUAGUUGAAGAUAACCAAAAUGCCAUUGCUGAAUGUAGAAAUUCCAGUUUCAACUUGAAAGAUUUGCUCCACAGAUAUAUUGUUAAUGUCAGAAAUAAGGAUGAAUGCCAGGAAGAAGAGGAAUAUUGCAAAAGACUUCUACAUGUACUAAAUUCUGAGAGUUAAAUGAACAUUGAUAUCCACAGAUUGAAAUUUUAUGUCCUCUAUAUUUUUUGUAUGUACCUAAUAUUAUAUUUGCAGUGUUAUUAUGGUUAUAGAAUCAUAAAUAAAGAUACCUAUAAUAAAUUCCAACCAA